AUGAACGUUGAAGCAACGAUUGAGCGUUCGAGGGGCUGGCAUGUGCUUGUGGGCACAGCCAAACAGCCCAAGCAGCGUCAUAAUCUCCUUAUCUACGAAAUUUGGCCUGGCCAUGACCUGGACCCACCGGGCCUGCGCCUGCCUGCCAAUUCCACAGAGGGGCGGCUCUUGCCAACCAGAAAUGUGACCGGGGUGUUAACUGGUCUGGUUUGUGACCGAGUUGAGUCCAACGACCACGAAUCCCAACACCCAGCAUACCUGGCCUUGACUUGCGCCGUCCAGGCACGAAAACGCAAUCCUGCCUCUCUAUCAUCGUCAGAAGUUGGUAACUUGGUCUUCUUCGACCAGAACCGCGUCCCUCGGCCUGGAGAUUUUCUAGCGCAAUUGCCUCCACGAUCGCUAGCGGCGGAUCAGUCACGAUGCGCUGGUAAUCUAAUCUAG